CGUCUGCCCCUGCUCUUCGCCUCUUGUGCCCUGCAGGCAAUGCUGCCAUGGCUCCUGCUUCCAGCACAAGCUUUGAUCCUCCCUCUGACUUCACCGGGGCGUGCAAGCCGGCUCCAGGCUCUCAGGUGAUGCAGAGGGUGUGGAAGCUGCCAUUCCAGUGCGCAACUCAGGCUGAACGCACACCAGAAGCCAUUCCCUGCCCGUGCCCACGCGCUGGUCAGACGUGCCGAAGCAAGGCACACCGACCGUGUAUCGCUCCGGCGGUUGUGCGACACGGCAGCUUGGAAGGCGCCGGCAUGGCCGAGUCGCUGACGGAGGAGCAGAUCGCGGAGUUCAAAGAAGCCUUCUCGCUCUUUGACAAGGACGGGGACGGGUCCAUCACCACCAGCGAGCUGGGGACUGUCAUGCGGUCGCUGGGGCAGAACCCCACCGAGGCCGAGCUGCAAAACAUGAUCGGCGAGCUGGACACCGACGGCAGCGGCACCAUUGACUUCUCGGAGUUCCUGUCCAUGAUGGCGAGGAAGAUGCGGGACACGGACAGCGAGGAGGAGAUCCGGGAAGCCUUCCGGGUGUUCGACAAGGACAAGAACGGCUACAUCAGCGCGGCUGAGCUCCGGCACGUCAUGACCAACCUGGGCGAGAAGCUGACGGACGAGGAGGUGGAUGAGAUGAUCCAAGAGGCCGACCGCAACGGCGACGGGCAAGUCAACUACGAGGAGUUUGUGCGGAUGAUGACGGAGAAGUGACGGCAGGGCCGGGCCUGGCGCCGCGGGGUUUCACUUUCGCUGGCUUCCUGGCGUUGGACCCCGCCGGUCGCUGGGCCUCUCCCUCGUGCCCGUCUCUGCUGCUCGGAUGGGUUCGUUAUUCCCUUGCUUUAUGCUAACUCCCGGCUGUGCCUCACCCUGUGUGUUCGCUUUGCCCAGUGGCUCACCUCUGGCCACGCGACGGGUUUAUGCCUGUGGCAAUGAGGUUUCCUUUAGAAACAGGUGGCCCGGUGGCUUCGGAGUCUACGUGUGCUCAGGACAGGCAGCAAAGGGGGCCCGAUAAUGCCAGCUCUGACUCCUGCUGGUGUCCGCUACUAAUUCCGGAAGCAGGGAUUCCUCACCUGGACUGGGGUUUUGCAGGAUCACGUCCUUCGGCAAUUUGCACGGUCUUUCCAGCCCGAUCCGGAGCCUGCUCCUGCUUUGGGGCACAUGCGAGCACAGCCUCCCCCGGAGCGGGCCCUGUUGAAGUCGGGCAGAAGGGUCUGCGUCAGGGUAGGCAAGAGAGCCUCCGCAGGCCGGAUCUGGCCCACUAAGCGAGUCGAUCCAGCCCACGGCCGCC